GACUGCUGCGCCCCCCACCCCCUCCUGGCACAGCUCGCCAGCACUAGCUGUAGACGGGAGGAGGUUGCAGACCGGGCGCACCAGGCCCCGCCUGUCCUCGGCUCUUCCCGGGAGGCCGGGAGACCUGCCCUGUCUGGCCCUCGGUGGGUGAGUGCGAACGGCGGGCAGCGGGUGGGGCCUCCGCUGGCGGAGGUACCGGGAGUCAGAGCGACGCCUGUCAACGCUCCAGGCCCAGCGGGAGGACGCGCCAACAUCUCCACUGCCGCGCUCCGCCUGGGGCGGGUCCGCAGCUGCUCCCACCUCUGGGCUGGGGCCGGGGCCUCCUUGCUUGCACCGUAUUACAGGCCCGGCUGGCAAAGUCUAGGACCAGCUCUUCCUCCCCGAGGGCAGAGUUGCUGGCCGGCUGGCUGAUCCCCAGUGCUCCGGCCAUGCCUGGUUGGCCCUCGGUGCUGCUGCUGGCCUCGGGCACGCUCUUGGUGGCGAUGAGCCCGGGGCCACCGGUGCCUGCUGACCCCUGCUAUGAUGAGGGGGGUGCGCCCCGCGGCUGCGUGCCUGGCCUGGUGAACGCAGCCCUGGGCCGCGAGGUACUGGCGUCCAGCACGUGCGGGCAGCCGGCCACUCGGGCCUGCGACGCCUCAGAUCCACUGCGGGCACACCCUGCCACUCUCCUGACCGUGGCUGGAGGCUCGGCCAGCUCUGUGUGUUGGCGCUCCGACAUGCUGCAGCGGGUGCCCCUCAAUGUGACUCUCACAGUGGCCCUGGGCAAGGCUUUUGAAUUGGUCUUUGUGAGCCUUCGGUUCUGCUCAGCCCCACCAGCAUCGGUGGCCCUGCUCAAGUCCCAGGACCAUGGCCGAAACUGGGCUCCGCUGGGCUUCUUCUCCUCCCACUGUGCCCUGGACUAUGGGCGUCCACAUGCUCCAUUGGAUGGUUCUGGUGGCCCAGGGCCUGAAGCCCUGUGCUUCCCUGCACUCCAGGCCCAGCCUGAUGGUGGUGGCCUUAUGGCCUUCAGUGUGCAAGAUGGCAGCCCACCAGGCCUGGAUCUGGACAGCAGCCCAGUGCUCCAAGACUGGGUGACUGCCACAGAUAUCCGCAUAUUGUUGACAAGACCUGCUGUGCCAGGGGAUACCAGAGACUUGGAUGCAAUAGUCCCUUAUUCCUACUCAGCCACUGAACUCCAGGUGGGCGGGCGCUGCAAGUGCAAUGGGCAUGCUUCACGGUGCCUGCUGGAUGCUCAGGGCCACCUGAUCUGCGACUGCCGACAUGGCACAGAGGGCCCUGACUGCGGCCGCUGCAAGCCCUUCUACUGUGACAGGCCAUGGCAGCGGGCCACGGCCAGGGAAACCCACGCCUGCCUUGCUUGUUCCUGCAAUGGCCAUGCCCGCCGCUGCCGUUUCAACAUGGAAUUGUACCGACUGUCUGGCCACCGAAGUGGAGGUGUCUGCCUCAACUGCCGGCACAAUACUGCUGGUCGUCACUGCCACUACUGCCAAGAGGGCUUCUAUCGUGACCCAGACCGUUCUCUGAGUGACCGCCGUGCUUGCAGAGCUUGUGACUGUCACCCUGUUGGUGCUGCUGGCAAAACCUGCAACCAGACCACAGGACAGUGUCCCUGCAAGGAUGGUGUCACUGGCCUCACUUGCAACCGCUGUGCCCUUGGCUUCCAGCAGAGCCGCUCACCCGUGGCACCUUGUGUUAAAACACCCAUCCCUGGACCCACUGAGGACAGCAGCCCUGUGGAGCCACAGGACUGCAAGUCCCACUGCAGACCCGCCCAUGGCAGCUACCGAAUCAGCCUGAAGAAGUUCUGCCGGAAGGACUAUGCGGUGCAGGUGGCGGUGAGCGCGCACGGCGAGGCGCGCGGCGCGUGGACGCGCUUCCCGGUGGCUGUGCUUGCAGUGUUCCGGAGCGGCGAGGAGCGCGCGCGGCGCGGAAGCAACGCGCUCUGGGUGCCGGCUCGCGACGCGGCUUGUGGCUGCCCGCGCCUACUUCCUGGCCGCCGCUACCUGCUGUUGGGGGGCGGGCCGGUGGCCCCCGCGGGGGGCCGGGGACCUGGGCUCAGCGCCGCCCGUGGGAGUCUCGUAUUGCCCUGGAGGGACGCGUGGACACGGCGCCUGCGAAGGCUGCAGCGGCGCGAGCGGCGGGGGCGCUGCGGAGCGGCUUGAGCCCCUGGGGGAGCGGGGGAGGGGCGCUGCUCCCACGCAGCGUUUGGUCACCUGCGUACCAGCCUGCUGGGUAGUUUCUUUUUGCGUCUGCCCGCAGCCAUCUGGGCUCCCACAUUCCCCCUCCCUUGGUGCCUCACGCCUGGAUCGCACUGGAGGUGUGUGAUGGCUCCGAAGAGCUGCUUGGAGGCGCCUGGGGCAGCUGUAAACCCAGAGGCUUCCAUGAUAAACCACCUCCUACACAAAUUCACACACACACACACACACACACACACACACACACACACACACACUCUCUCUCUCUCUCUCUCUCUGUCUGCUCUGUACAAGGGGCAUCUUGACAUCCGAUAUCCCCAUAAGGCUUUGAACUCCUUUGUGAUGCCAGGCCCCCUCAGCGGUUUUGAGAACAUCCCAAGGGCCACUGUGAUUCAAACUUCUGAUGCUGUGACCGACAGAGAGCGCUGACCUCCUCAAAGGCACUGAGGCCACCAUGGAGGCCUGUGGACUUUUAUGGGGUGGGUGACCCAACUCUGCUCCCCAGACUUAAAUCCGCCGCUUUCUGCAGAGAGCGUUGAACUCCCGCACGAGGACCGCUGCCUCUAUCAAACUCAGUGGGUCUCUGGUCCCCACGUCGGUCCUGGCCUGUCUGCCGGUCAGGUGUCCCAUGUCCCGGUCUCUCGUCUCCGGACAGCUAACGCUGUCUGUCGCCGUCUCCGAGCCUUGGCCUUAGGGCUCCACCGCCCAGGACCCGCCCCCAGGCCUCCGCGCGCCUCUUCCCCGCUUUCUCUAGAUAAGACGUCGCGGGCGCGCGGUCACGGUCCACGCGUGACUUUGGAGGACCGGGACUCCAGCCGACAGCUGCCCGAACUCUGGAUGCUCAAGGCACCGCCUCACUGAGCUUGCCCCCUGGCGCCACGCAUGAGUGUUCUAGAUGCAAGAGAGACUGGAAUGGUGUGCUCACUUACCAAAACCCACCGAAGCUGACCCUGUGACC